AUGGCCGCACCGUCACAAUGGCUAGUUCAGAGGUUGAACAACAUGAAAUACGGUUACAUUCGUUACGAGGCAUCAUUCUACGGUCCUGUCAAUUCUUUCCUCAACAAGCUAUACGACUCGGAUCAGAACUUUUUGGUCAAAGCACAACCACGCCUACGGUCCCUUGAAACGGCCCCUAAUGCGCGUACAUCCAUCGACUCCAAUGACCAGCCGGUCCAACGCAGGGAUGACGAUCCUAUCCCCGAUUUCGUUGUCGUGAAAGGAACGGAGGAUCUACACGCAGACGUCCCUUUCCUCAUCAUUGAGGUGAAGAACCAGCACGUCAGUUUCGGAGCUGGCGCCUCUCAAACCGACCGUUAUGAUGGAUGGGCAAGGGAUUACUUGAACCAGGCAUAUAACAAGGAUCCGGUGGUUCCGAAGCCACCGAGGUUCUUGUAUAUGAUGCAGAUUUUCGGGAGCACGGCUUGGAUAUCGACCAUCACGAAAGACGUACACUCUAUUGAUGGCCAAGGAUUUUUCGUAGAUCUGACUUUAAUGGUUAGCCACAAGCUAGUACAGAACGGGUUCAAGGGGAGGGUCGUCGUUGGGGUAUAUAAGUAG